GGAGAUGCGACGGCCCGCUGGUUCGCGGAAGAAGAAGAAAAAUCUGCCCACCGUGGCAAUCUGACUGCAAAUCCCGGAGGACGUUACUGCCCUGCGCGGGCUCCGGGCCUCAGCUCGCAGCAUGUGAUUCCGAGCCGCCAGCGCCGCUGGGAGGGGCGGCCGGGGCGGGCAUUUCCACCUCGGCCUUAGCCCUGCCCGCGCCGGGGUGGGGAGGCUGCUUGAAUCACCGGCAUCAUGUGCCCAACGGCUGGGCACCAGCGGGGCAUUUAAAUGCCAGUCGGCGCCCGGCCCGGAGUAGCGCCAGCUUCCGCCAUCAUCCCAGUCGCCGGCACGAAGCAGACGCCCGGCCUCCGCCUCCUCGGAGCGGCGCCCCUCGCUCGGAGAGCCGCGAUCGCGCCUGCCUCGCCCGGGUCCUGCUUCGUGUCCGCCGCCGCGCUGCGCGCUCCUGCCCAGGCCGGCCACCAUGAAAGGUGUCCCCGCUCCCGGGAUCCGAUUUUUCCGCUCUUUCUCCAGGGACAGCUGGUACCGCGGAUUGAUCCUUGCACUGACAUUCCUGUGCUACACCACUUUCCAUCUGUCGCGGAAGCCCAUUAGUAUAGUAAAGAGUGAACUACAUUAUAACUGUUCCUCACAGGGAGCCAAUCCGCACAAUGGUUCAAACAGCACAACAUGGUGUGACUGGAAGCCUUUUGAUCAGGACAACUAUAAGGAACUGUUUGGAGCCCUGGAUAAUGCUUUCCUGGUUGCCUAUGCCAUAGGAAUGUAUAUCAGUGGGAUUUUCGGUGAGCGCCUCCCGUUGCGCUACUAUCUGUCUGGAGGAAUGGUACUGAGUGGCUUAUUCACUUCCUUAUUUGGCCUGGGCUACUACUGGGACAUCCAUCAGCUGUGGUACUUUGUGCUUGUACAGGUCCUCAAUGGCUUGGCACAGACAACUGGAUGGCCCUCCGUGGUGUCGUGUGUAGGCAACUGGUUUGGAAAGGGGAAGCGAGGCUUGAUCAUGGGCAUCUGGAAUUCACACACAUCUGUAGGAAACAUCUUGGGGUCCUUGAUUGCUGGUAUAUGGGUUUCAAACGCAUGGGGCCUGUCGUUCAUCGUCCCUGGGAUCAUCAUAGCCACCAUGGGUGUAAUCUGCUUCUUAUUCCUUAUUGAAUCUCCGGAAGAUGUCGACUGCAGCCCACCUCUCCAUCAUGCUGCUGGUUCAGAAGAGAAAGGUCUUGAGGCGGGGCAUUCCAUCAGCGACGGGAGCCUCAACAUCUCCAGCCACAGCCAAGAAAACAUCAUCGACAUGUCGGAAAGUGGCAAAGAAUCCACGGAGGACCGGGAAGCCAUCAGCUUCAUUGGCGCCCUCCGGAUACCUGGAGUGAUAGAGUUCUCCCUUUGUCUGCUCUUCGCCAAACUAGUCAGUUACACAUUCCUCUACUGGCUACCCCUCUACAUUGUGAAUGUGGCUCAUUUUACAGCAAAAAAGGCCGGGGAUAUGUCCACUCUCUUUGACGUUGGCGGCAUAAUCGGAGGCAUCAUGGCUGGUCUCAUCUCCGACUACACUGGUGGCAGGGCCACCACGUGCUGCGCAAUGCUGAUUUUGGCCGCUCCCAUGCUCUUCCUCUACAACUAUGUUGGCCAGAAUGGACUAGGCACAUCAAUAGUAAUGUUAAUUAUCUGUGGUGGCCUCGUCAAUGGGCCUUAUGCUCUCAUCACAACAGCAGUGUCGGCUGACUUGGGCACUCAUGAAAGUCUCCAAGGGAAUGCAAAGGCCCUCUCCACUGUCACAGCCAUCAUUGAUGGAACUGGAUCCGUAGGCGCUGCUCUGGGUCCCCUGCUGGCAGGCGUGAUCUCUCGCACCAGCUGGGACAAUGUCUUCUAUAUGUUGAUAUCGGCUGACGUACUGGCUUGCCUACUCCUUUCCCGUGUGGUAUUCAAAGAAAUGCGAGGAUGGUGUGGUUCCUACACAAGAAAACGAGGGUCAAACAUCACUCUUGAGUAGGCAUGUUCUGUGGCCAUAAGUCACGCUUUAAAGAAUUUUGACGUGACCUGUGGGACUGGAGGAAACCAUCAAGGCAACAGGAAGGAGCCUUGCCAAAGAGGGUCGGUUUCGUGGCCCCCUCCCCUACUUCACAGCAAGAGGAACGAACGAAGAUGAAACGGGGCAUCCUCUAGAGACAGAGAGAACUCUCUUGCCAAGCACCAGCCAAGCUGAUCAACCAGCUGCACUUUUUUUAAAUAAAAACAACAAAAGAGAAAAUAAUAAUUACUGAUGGAGGGGAGCAGGGAACAUGAUGCAAUGGAACUAAAGGAGAGACGAGCUGGCGCAUUCAGGAUCCAUGCCGCAUCCAGGGCCUGUUUUGUAUCGAUUGCCAGUUGCAUCCCUUUUGUUACUGCCAUUUUUUAUUAUUAUUAAAAAUGGUGCGGAACCUGUU